AGACUUGUUGUGAAUAUUAAUGAGAUUAGAUUAUUCAUGUUGUUGCACAUCAAGUAUUCAGAUUUAUUUCUACUACUUUUCUCAUGUUUCGACAACCAACCGACAGCAGUUCAUUUGUUUCAUUGUCAAGUGUUAAAUCAAGAGCAUCAACAUUAACUAAUCAGUCACAUAAAAGAAAUAAGUUGCCUCAUCGUAUUUUUGAUACAGUUCAAAAAUGGGCUUUUAAGUCUUCCAGUCAAAAAACAUCUCAUACUUCCAGUACUUCUUCACUAAAUUCAAGUCGUUUAUUGAAUGAUCCUGAAUUAAACGACAGCUGUGGUUUAGCAUCUUUCACCAUAUCUGAACGUGAGGAAAGUAUUGUUUCUGAAGUAAUUCGUAAUCGAAAACAACUGGAAUCCUUACUUUGUGAUCGCUGUGAAGUUAUUCAGAAUCACGACCCAAUAUCUGUUGAUCCAGGUGUUGUUCAUUGUUAUAUAUCUGCUUUAGAAAUGGCUGAACUGGAGAUACGCAGCCAGGUGCCUGUACAUCCUGAUUCAAUACCACAAGUGGAACAGACUAUUCACUCAAAAAAUAAUUUAGGUCGAAUCCUAAGUGUUCGCAAUCCGUAUAGACGAAUGCGAAUACUAACCCCCCUACCGUGCAUUUUGGCACCCGGUAGGAAAAUUUCAGAUUUGAAUAUCGAAGAAGAUGCACGGUUGGGAUUUGCAAAUUUGCCUGAACAGAUGCAUAGGAAAGCUGUUAAAAAAGGGUUUAAUUUUACGCUGAUGGUUGUUGGUGAAAGUGGUCUGGGCAAAUCAACGCUGAUUAACAGUUUGUUCGUCCAAGAUUUAUACAAGGAUCGAGAAGUUAUUGAGGCAAAUAAGCGUAUUCAAAGCACAACUCAAAUUGAAAAGCGUCAGAUUGAAUUAGACGAGCGUGGCGUAAAAUUGCGUCUUACAGUUGUGGACACUCCAGGCUUUGGAGAUGCCGUAAAUUGCACUGACUGCUGGAAACCAAUAGAAGAUUACAUAGAUAGCACUUUUGAACAAUACUUCAAAGAUGAAUGUGGUCUGAAUCGUAAAAAUAUUCAUGAUCAUCGUGUUCACUGUUGCCUCUAUUUCAUAUCACCUUAUGGUCAUGGUUUACGACAGAUUGAUGUAGAAUUCAUGCGUCGACUUCAGCACAAAGUGAAUAUUGUUCCUGUAAUAGCUAAAGCUGAUGCACUGACUGCUAAUGAAUUGCGUGCAUUCAAAGAACGUAUUAUGGCAGAUUUUGAUCGUUACAAAAUUGAUAUUUAUCGUUUACCCGAAUGUGAUAGUGAUGAAGAAGAUGAAAUUAAACGUUUAGAUAAAGAAAUUAAGGCUGUUCUACCGUUUGCCAUAGUUGGCAGUAAUUGUGUCAUUGAUUUAGAUGGUAGUCGACGAGCUCGUGGCAGGCAAUAUCCUUGGGGAUCAGUUGAAGUAGAGAAUAGUCGUCAUUGUGACUUCACAAAAUUGCGCAUAUUUUUAUUGAAGACACAUAUGCAAGAUCUAAAGGAUAUGACAUUGGAUAUUCAUUAUGAAAAUUAUCGUGCAAAAUACAUUACUGAAAGAAUGUCUAAACGUCAGAGUGAUCGUCGUGAAGGUGCUGGGACUGGAGCGUUGGCCAGGCUAGAAAAAGAGGGUGGAGCUGGCUUUGAGGCUAUCGUUGAUCAAGAUAGUCUGUUAAAACAAAAAGAAGAAGAGCUUCAACGAAUGCAACAACUUAUGAGUAAAAUGCAAGAGCAAUUGAAACGCAACACAAAUGUCCCAAAUGUAUCAGUCAAUUUAAAUAAUGGCUCAGGUAAUGCUCAGCCGUCUCCAAUUCCUGCAACUGGUCCACAAGCAUCGUGAAAGCUAAUAUUUCUCAAAGUUAACAAUUAGUUAGAUCCAGUUAUAUAUCCCAAUAAUUCGCUUCGUCAGUUUCUUGUUUUUAUAAGUUAGGGGACAAAAUAAAGAUGUAGUACUUCCAGCAUGAGUGUUUUUUUGAUUUUACUAAUUCACAAUCACUUGAACAACUUUUUUUUUCGCUGCUAUAUGAUUACUACCGGUUUUGCAUACUUCCGCUCCAGUGAAAACGAGGAUUUUACGCUUCCUUUCUAUAUAAAUAUCAUACUUUGAGUUACUUUUUUGCCUCCUAUUCAUACUUGCAUUUCAUUGAACAUGUAAACGAUCAGUCAACCUCUGUUAUCCUUUUUAUUUUCUCUGUUUAACUGAUCAAUUAUUCUUUUCUUUUCGGUUCUUGCUGAUCAUCAGACAUGCAUUUUUGUAUUGUUUUCUCGUUUGCCAACCAGUUUAUACGUGUUUAUCGUUUUUUCUCCCCUUCAUCUAGUCUCUAUGAUAUAAAGUCGCGCAUAUUAAAGAUAAACAAUAGGUGUUAUGUGUUUCUGUGUGUUGAUAUAAGCAUUUCUACACUUUUCUACUGAUUUUAUUUCCGCUAUUGAGUAGUUUGACAAUAGGAUGAAGUAUGUUUAGAAAAUUCGAUUGUUAAUUUAAACGUUUAUUUUCUGUUCUCUUGCUACUACUACUAACGUUAUCGUACCAUAUUUUGAGGUAAUAUGCUGCAUUCUUCUCUAAGUGUUGUGUUGACUGGCUUUUUUUUGUUUACAUAGCAUUCUGAUUGUUGGCUCGCAUUCGGUGUUUUAUGUAAAAUAUUAAUAUACACUUGAAAAAGUCUUGUCUGCGAUUCUCUUUGAAGUUAUUAUUGUGUACUCUAGGUAGGUAGGGAGUUUGUUUAUUCACAUACACUGUUAUUAUGACUGUUUUGUUUAACCCUCAGAACUGUAUCUAAUUGUUGUUUCGAAUGUUUAUGGGAAUUCAUCUUUUAUUUGCCAUGUGUUAUGACUCUUUCUUGAUGUGAUUCAUUAUGAUGCAUGAUGAAGAAUUCUAACUUAUAAAAGGCCGCUGUGUGACAGCAAUAUGCGGAACUGUGAUUUUAGUCAGCAGUUGGUAAUUUCCAAUGUCAAACAGAUUUUAUGUGCUGAGUAGUAGGUUGUGUAAUUCUAUCAACGAAGGCCAUUUAAUUGUGUUACGCUUGCCUAGUCUCAAUUUAAUUCAACUCACAAUGUUAGUGUUAGGUAGGAUAAUAAUAGAAAUAUAAAAGCCUCUAAGUAACAGACCAAAACGUGGUACCGACCCAUAAAGUUUCUGUUAUUAUCAGGUGUUUAGGUUGUUACCAGCUUCCUGGUGAGUAUGUGUGAGGCAACUGAAAUUUAUGAUUCGACAAUAACUGGCGUGGUUCAGAAUUACGAAUAGUUGCGUAGUCCACUUUUUCUUCUAUGAAUUAUAAACAUCCCACCACUAUAUACGUAUAGUACGUUGUUUUCUGCACACUGUAUUUGGCUAUCACCACUUUUGUUUUCCCGAAUGUCCUCUUGUUGAUUUACUUUCACUUUAGUAGUGUUAUAUGUUAAAUUAAACGUCUAUGUAGUU